AUGCCGCCAGAUCCAUCAUCAUUCACGGCUUUGAACCUGCCUUCCACUUUCUCUCUGCCACCAUGCAUGGACUAUUUCACUCUCGCCGCAGGUCCGAAUACGGACCUGUGGAGAAAACCUCCCAAUGGGGAUACGUCCACUGCUCCGAUUGUGUUCACCUCGUUACGUCGUCCGUUUGUGGUGGCUGAGGUCACGGUCAGCGCCGACUGGGAGAUGGAAUGGGACCAAGGGGGCCUGGUCAUCUUUGCCGGGGCUGCACCCGGUCAGUCGUUACCGUCAGAUGCGUCGAACCUUCGCUCUGGUCGAGGCGGCUGGGAUCAACCAUCAUCGAACAGCUGUAAAUGGGUGAAGGCGGGAAUGGAAUUCUCUUCCGGCACGGUCAACGCAUCGUCCGUCAGCGCCACCGCGGAUGGUGCGGACUGGUGUUUGUCACCUCUGGCAUUACCCAAUCUCCCCACCGCGAUUACUUCGCUCCGCAUCAAGCUUGAGAGGAUCGGGCAUUCGCUGUGGAUCUGGUACCAGAUCCCGUCGAUCUCUCCAUAUGCGGUGACGCCGGGAGCGGUAGGCAGCACAUGGAAGAAACUGCGGGAAGUGACCUGGUUUUUCUAUGGGGUCGAGGACAAAUGUGUCCACGUGGGCGUGUACGCCAGCCGACCGACCAAUAUUGCACGAGGCGGUACCAUGUGGGAGUCGAUGAACGGGUAUCGAACGGAUGACUCUGGCGGGACUGGUGAUAAGCUGGUGGUAGAGUUUGAGGAUUUGGAAAUUUUUUAA